GAUAAAUAAAAAGUCGAACUAUCUAAUAGAAUGGCGGCGAAUAACAUACCAGACUGGAUCACAGCGGAAUUGUUCGAAGAUGUGCUGAAGGCAAACGUCGAGGGAUACUCCAAAGUCCGGAACUUCAAGGCGGACAGGGGAUCGGCUGCGGGGGAAAACUACGCCACGAUCAUGUUGAGGGUGCACAUUGAAGUGGAGCUGAAGGACGGCAAAACAAAACAGGUGUCAUAUAUGGUCAAGCUUCCCCAUCAGCUGGAGGCUUUCAAAGAGAUGAUGAAGCGCACCAACAUCUUCGAAAUUGAAAGGACCAUGUACAGUGAAGUGGUUCCCGAAAUGGAAUCCAUGUACUGGGAUGCGGGAGUGGAAAUAGUAUUUGGUGCGAAGAGCUAUGAUCUCAAGAAUGCCCAGAGUGACUACAUCGCCUUGGAAGAUCUGGGUAUUAAGGGAUUCAAGAAUGCCAACCGCCUCGAGGGACUCGACCAAGCUCAUACCGAAAGGGUCCUCCAUAAGUUGGCCCAGUGGCAUGCCGCAUCUGCCGUCCGCGUGGCCACCCGAGGUCUCUACCCCAAAAUUCUAUUAGAGGGCUUUUUUAAGGAGGAAAGCCGCCCCAUGAUGGAGGAAAUGAUGAAGGGCAUGGGCGGAAGGUUUGUGCGAUCGUGUGCCACCUACGAGGGAAAUGAGGCCUACUUAGAAAAGGUGAAAGCGCUUCAACCUAUUUUCGUUGACAAAUUAAUGGAAUUUUCCAAGGUAGACUCCACGGAGUUUAAUGUGCUUAACCAUGGCGAUUCCUGGUCGAAUAACAUUAUGUUCCAGUACGAUGCUUUUGGCAAGAUUAAAGAGGUUUACCUGGUGGACUACCAGAUUCCCAAAUACGGAACAGUAGCGCAGGAUCUGCUCUACUUUUUGAUUUCCUCUACCAAGUUGGAGGACAAGCUGAGCAAGUUUGAUUACUACAUUAAAGUAUAUCACGAUUACCUUGUGGAGCACCUGAAACUUCUAAAAUAUUCAAAGCCAAUUCCCACCCUUCGUGAUAUACACCUGUCGUUGUUUAAAUAUGGAUUCUUCGGCUACUCCGUUGCUACUGGCGUUAUGGGAGCCGUUCUUUUGGAUCCUACCGACAAAGCCAGUUUUGAAAACUUCCUGGGAGACACUGCCGAUGGAGUCGAUUUCCAGAUGCAAAUGUACAACAAUGCCCGCUACAGGAAACAUAUUCAGCAGAUCCUUCCAUGGUUGCUCAAUCGUGGCGCCUUGGAAUAGAAAAUUCCCAAUAAUUACCCCACAAAACAACCCAUUGAGUAAGAAUUUAGUGUGACCUCCAAUUGAUAAGGCUAUCUUUUUUGUAUGCGAUUAUUUUUAAAGGUAUUAAUAAACGUUAAGUGUCGAACGAUAAA